CUACUGUAGGGCAUAAACCAAGCCAAAACAAGAGCAAAAACAGACCAGUAACUGACCAAUAGAAGCUUCACAUCAACCUGUCGGCAUAGCAAUUUCUUUCUGUCCACAGGAGAGGCCUGAUCCAAGAAUAGGACGCUGCUGCUGCUGCUGCUGAAGUCAUGGAGCUGACGUGGAAGUUUUUGGUGAUGCUGGUGUUUGGGUCAGUGGUCAUCCAGUACAUUAUCAUACAAUCUUUAACCUCCACCUCCUUCCUGAUGUGCCCCGCCCCCUUCAACAGCAGCUCUGCCCCCUUCACUGCGUUCAAGCACAAGGACCAGAAAGGUAGCAUGGACGAGGAUCCAAACACCACACGCAGGAUGCAUGUGCUGAUCUUGACCGCUACCCGCUGUGGCUCCUCCUUCCUUGGGCAGCUCCUAAACCAGCACCAUAAUGUCUUCUACCUGUUUGAGCCACUCCACCAUGUCCAGGAUUCACUCACAGGCGAAAACUUUCUCAGACAGCUCACUCUGGGGGCCAGUCGUGACCUCUUGUGGAGCCUGUUCCAGUGUGAUCUGUAUGCCCUGGAGAGGUACAUGAGGCCACCCCCGACCAACCACAUGGUGGCUAACCUGUUCAACUACAGAAUUAGUCAGGCUCUGUGUCAGCCGCCUGUAUGCGAGGGGGUAAAACUUGGUGAGGAGUGGUCUUGCAAUGGGUGUGGCCAAGUCAAUCUGACCCUGGCUGCCCAGGCCUGCCGCGGGAAGUCCCACGUGGUCUAUAAGACGGUGCGGGUGGUGGUUGUUGGAGAUGUGCGCUCCCUGCUGGAGGACCCUCGUCUCAACAUUAAAGUGAUCCAGCUGGUUCGGGACCCUCGGGGGAUCAUCAACUCCAGGAUCGAGGCAUUCCCAGGCUGGUACAAGCCCUGGUACUCCUGGAAGACCUCUGGACAGAGGCCGCCCUCCCUCCACGUAACCCCACCAUUUACCACUACCUGUGAAGAGUUACACAGCUCUGUGUCUACUGCACUCAGCCGCCCCGAAUGGCUCAAGGGCAGGUACAUGCUGGUGCGAUAUGAGGACCUGGCCAGGAACCCCCUGCAGAAGACCAAGGAGAUCUACAACUUUGUGGGUCUGACCAUGACACCGAGCGUGGAGAGGUGGGUGUCUGCAAACACCAAAGGAGCCAACAAAGAGCAGAACAACAAUGUGUACAGCACAACGAGGGACUCUGUGGCCAACGUUGAGAAUUGGCGCCUGAAGCUGCCAUUUGAAAUGGUGCAGCACGUUCAGGCCGAGUGCCAGGACAUGCUGAGUAUCAUGGGAUACCGCCAGGUCAACUCUGCACAAGAGCUCAAGAACAUGAACAUAUCUCUGGUCCAAGAGACAACUUUUGAACCAUUUUUGUAAAAGGCAGAGGACUAUUUUUGCCAUCACAUAAGAUACUCACCCUAUGUGAGUAUGAAAUCUGCUCCUGUAAGUUGGGGUUUGAAAUGUUAAAUUUUAAGAAUUUGUGAAGAAGUCUAUAGGCACAAGAGCCAGAUUUCUCUAUUGCCUUUUAACAAUAUUCAUUUUAGUUGCCUCCAUCUGUAUUAGUUGCCUAUAUAAUACUGUGAAUUGUUAUCAAAAACCCAGCAGUACUUUCUAAAUGAUGCUCCAGAGAUACAGGACGGCCCAAUUUAUACCUGC